AUGCCCUACGGCUUGCAGGCCAUGCUCAAAGAGGGGCACAAACAUUUCUCUGGCCUGGAUGAAGCCGUCUACAAGAAUAUAGAGGCUGGAAAGCAGCUGUCACAGAUCGCAAAGACGUCCAUGGGCCCCAACGGCAUGAAUAAAAUGGUGAUCAAUCACUUGGAGAAGCUUUUUGUUACGAGCGAUGCCUCGACGAUCAUAAAUGAGUUGGAAGUGGAGCAUCCCGCUGCUAAGUUGCUCGUGCUUGCGGCCCAAGCCCAGCAACAGGAGAUCGGGGAUGGCACCAACUUUGUUGUGUCUUUCGCUGGUGACUUGCUUAGCGCAGCAGAAGGGCUCCUAAGAGAUGGUCUGCACACUUCCGAGGUUGCGGAAGGGUAUGGGAAGGCUGCGGCAAAGGCCCUGGAGAUCAUGGAGGGUCUUAUAAUUCCUGGAUCCGACAAGAUAGAUGUCAGGAACAAGGAGGAGGUGACGAAGAGGAUCAAAGCCUCUGUCUGCACCAAGCAGUAUGGCUAUGAGGGCCUUCUGUCCCCGCUCAUCGCACAGGCAUGCAUAGACGUGGUCCCGAAGAACACGGCGAACUUCAACGUUGACAACGUGAGGGUGGUGAAGAUCGCGGGCGGCGGCGCGCACGACAGCCGCGUGGUGAAGGGCGUUGUCAUCAAGCGCGGCACGGAGGGCAGCAUCAAGGACGUCACCGACGCCAAGGUGGCUGUCUUCGCGCAGGGCGUCGACACCGCUUCCACAGAGACCAAGGGGACGGUGCUUAUCCGGAGCGCGGAGGAGCUGCAGGGGUACAGCCGCAGCGAGGAGGACCGGCUGGAGGCGCUGAUCAAGGGCAUCGCUGACACGGGCGCGCGCGUCGUCGUGGCCGGCUCCGCCAUCGGCGACAUGGCGCUGCACUUUGUGGAGAAGUACGGCAUGAUGGCCGUGCGCAUCCCCUCCAAAUUCGACCUGCGCCGCUUCUGCAGGGCGACGGGGGCGACGGCGCUGGUGAAGCUGGGCGCGCCGGCGGCGGACGAGCUGGGCUUUGCCAAGUCGCUGCGCGUGGUGGAGAUCGGCGGGACGCGUGUGAUCCAGCUGGAGCAGGACGCGAGCGCGGGCGCGGUGUCCACGGUGGUGCUGCGCGCGUCGACCGAGCAGCUCCUGGACGACCUUGAGCGCGCCAUCGACGACGGCGUCAACACCUACCGGGUACUGUGCAAGGACCCUCGCGUGCUGCCGGCCGGCGGCGCGACCGAGAUGGAGAUUGCCCGGCAGCUGUCAGAGCUGGCGCGCAAGGAAACCGGGCUGGAGCAGUACGCCAUCGCCAAGUUUGCCGAGGCCCUCGAGGUUGUGCCAAGGACGCUGGCGGAGAAUUCGGGGCUGAAUGCAUCGGACGUAGUGGCAUCUCUGGCGGCGGCUCAUGCGUCGGGGCAGGCAUCGGCGGGCGUGGAUGUGGAGACGGGGGAGCCCAGGGACCUUGCGCAAGACGACCUGUUCGACCUGUACCUGACCAAGUGGUGGGCCCUCAAGCUGGCGGCCGAGGCGGUGUGCACGGUGCUGCGCGUGGACCAGAUCAUCAUGGCCAAGCAGGCCGGCGGGCCCAGAGCGCCCCAACCGGGCGCCAUGGACGAGGACUGACGUCAGACUGUCGACAGAGUAACAGGAUGAAUUAACAUGUGUUGACUAAGAGGACUGCUAGUGUGGCUGGUCGUCUGAAAGGUCGAAACCAGGGCUGUCACCCUGCUUAGAGGACAGCUGUGUUGCUCUUGCAUGCAGGGCGCAUUCACGGUGAAUGACAGUGUGCUAUCAUAAAUGGAAUGAUGGGAGCCAAGAACGAUGCCAAAGGUCGCGAGAUGCAUUGCUUCGAAGUUCAAGGUUGGACUGAAAUGUAACUCGAAGUGCUAUC